GCACUGCACGCAGGUGCGCAGCCGGCGGCUCAUGAAGGAGCUGCAGGACAUCGCGCGCCUCAGCGACCGCUUCAUCUCCGUGGAGCUGGUGGACGAGAGCCUCUUCGACUGGAACGUGAAGCUGCACCAGGUGGACAAGGACUCGGUGCUGUGGCAGGACAUGAAGGAGACCAACACCGAGUUCAUCCUGCUCAACCUCACCUUCCCCGACAACUUCCCCUUCUCGCCGCCCUUCAUGCGGGUGCUCAGCCCGCGCCUGGAGAACGGCUACGUGCUGGACGGCGGCGCCAUCUGCAUGGAGCUGCUCACGCCGCGCGGCUGGUCCAGCGCCUACACCGUGGAGGCCGUCAUGCGCCAGUUCGCCGCCAGCCUGGUCAAGGGCCAGGGGCGGAUCUGCAGAAAAGCCGGAAAAUCAAAAAAGUCCUUCAGUCGCAAGGAAGCGGAAGCCACCUUUAAGAGUCUGGUGAAGACGCAUGAAAAGUACGGCUGGGUCACCCCGCCCGUGUCCGACGGCUGAUGUCCGCUCCGCCAGGCGGAUCAGACGCUUCAGCCACCUCUCCACACGCACAGACACCCGCCAUCUCCUCCCGACACCGAGCAUCGCCACCCUUUUCUACUCCAGCUGGAACCGAAUCCUGAAUCCAAGGAGACGUUUAAGUUAUUUAUGAACGGAUGCGUUGACAGAGAGAAGGAGGGAACGGACACCGUUCGGGAUUACGUUUCGGUUCUAAACGAAUGAUCAUCUCUGAGUCACUUUAGAACACAUGUUGAGAUGGUGACAUUCCCCAGCCCCAGUCACACUGCCCUUUGCUUCUUUCCGUGACAGCAGCUCCAAAGAGCAGGCAGGAGACCCGAGGCCCGCUGCUCACGCGACCCGUCCGUUCACGUCCGCUGUGCCCUGUGCCUCUGUUCCCCUCCCUGGCAGGGCAAUGUCACUUGAAGACGUGUCUUUCUGUGGCCCCGUGUGACAACAUGUAGACCUCAUUCGUGCUAUGACCUUUGGCUCAUGAAAACAAAAAUUUAAUAUCGCCAGGUUCUAGUGAUUUAAAACAACUGCCCUCUCGGUUCUAAUGUGCUGUGUAUGCUGAUGGGGUGGUGAGCGUCUGUCCACAGAGAAACCAGCGCCCUCAUGCGACAGGCGGGGCGCCAUGGCCACGAUGGGACGCAGAGUGCUGCGGGCGCCGGGCGCGCGCUCCCCGCGGACAGCCUCGGGUGCCCUGAGAUGCUCCUCCAACCCGUGUUUCUGUUCCCGUGUCCUCUCCGCUGAGCACCCACCACCGAAAGCAAAAGACGAUUCCCACUCACCGAAGUCAUCUGACUCAUUGUAUCACGUGUGCUAGUGACAGGCGAUGCCAGAACCGCCAGAGGGUACCAGGUGAUCCUGCGAUGAUUUGCAUGACCGGGUUUAACUCUUCACCCCGUAGUCACUUGUGUGUCCCCCGAGGCUGGGAUGCCCAGGCCCCCUCGCUGUGACGUAAACUUCCUGCUACUUAAUCACCCCACAGUUUCAUUUCUCUCUUCUGUUAAGUUACUUAGAACUUUCUAAGAAACUCCAUGAAAGGAGGAAACACUGUUUAUAAUCUGCAGGAAGAGGGAAAAUGUUCAUCCAAG